GUCAUUGCAUUGCUGCAUUGCUAGCCCACGGCCCUUUUGGAAGUUACCAUAGCCCCGGACUAGUUACCCGGUCUUCCUUUACCUCAGUAGCACAGUCGUUAUUUGAACUACUUCUUUGCAGCCAAACGAUCCGCUGGCCGCGGUUCCAUAUUGUACAGCUGCCAAAGUGGAGUGGUUCUGGACGAAUACUUCCAGGUCAGAAAGUGACUCUGGAAAGGUGGAGGAUCGGAAUAUGUCUCGAGCAUCGUCAACCUCAGCUCCUCAGCUGACACCCCAAUUCUGUUUCAAUGAGAGGCUGCUCAGAGAUUUUCUACGAAUCUCUAGAUCGACCAUAGAUGACUCCAUUACGCAAAACCUCAAUGCCUUGUUCACCCCAUCUCGACAAGGAUUCGAUCCCUCCUCCACAGCUAUUCGACAAAUAGACGCCAGUGAAGGGAAGCAAAUCGAGCCAGCUGCUUGCCAGGGCUUCAAGGAUAAGGUCUUGUUUCCAUCAUGGCAAGUUCGUUCGGAUGUGCUCAACUAUUGCGCCGGGGUGGCCACAAGUCCCGACCCGGAAGACCCGGACCUCAUUCUCCAGCAGACCGAAUCUGCAGAGGAUCGCGAGCAUAUUGUCGAUGAUCGCCUAGACCCAUAUGCGGCCCGGUUUUUGCCUCGGGAGGCACGGACUGAGUCGUUGGCCAACCUUGUCCGCACUCAACGGGGGGUCGAAGACAUUAUACGCACACGUACGUGGGGUCUGGUAACGGAAAGAUGUGGUGGCCCGUCCGAGGGCUGGGAAGAGGCGCUGAAUAAAUGGCGUGAGAAUAAACAACGAGAGCAGGCACCACCGUUGACAGAGUGAUAUGAUCUCCGGGUCGAGUAGUAGUCACCGCAUUGAUUAUGAUUGAGGGCCUCCAACCAUUGGGGGUCCCAUUUCCAGCUGCUUAUUGUCUGUUUACUGACCUGACUUGAUGAGACUGGACUUGCUAUGUAUAUGAUGUUGUAAGAUAGCUGCAUAUAAUAGGCGUUCUUGGUAGGAGCCCAGGCG